AUGGAGAACAUUUUCAUGCAACAACAAAUAGUCGAUGAUUUUCUACAGUUCACGCUAGUGAUAUGCAACCUGGACCAACGUGCGUCAUCAGUGGUAUCGGAUAUAAUUAUGCAAUCCCCACCACAACAAGUCUACGCCACCCUCAAGACGGCGUUAAUUUUGCAUUGCACAAAACCUGUGGACCAGCAGAUAACGCAGCUCCUGUACCAUGAGAAACCCGGUGACAGGUUGCCUUCAGACUUUUACCGUCAUUUAUGUGCUAUGAUGGACCCUUCCGUGUACUCAGACACAUUACUUGUGCACAUCUGGCAACAGCAGUUACCUCUGCAGGUGUGCUCAACCUUAAUUUCUUAUGAAGGCCGGCCAUUAAGCGAGAUGCUGCAAGUGGCUGAUAGAGCGCACCCCCUGCUUGACUCGCAUGCCACAGUGGUCGCCGCCGCAACCACCUCAGCCAACGACAUCAGCCGAGCACAGCCGGAGCCGAUUGACGUGGCGCCUCCAGCCUGUGCUGCCAUGAUUGCAUGA